AUGGUGACAAUUAAGUGUCUUCUUUCCAUAGCAGCAAUUAAGGGUUGGCUUCUUAUUCAAUUAGAUGUCAACAAUGCUUUUUUUCAUGGAGAAUUGUUGGAAGAAGUAUAUAUAGUUUUACCUCUUGGUUUUGGUGAUAAGAAUGAUAAAAGGGUAUGUCGAUUGAAUAAGUCUUUAUAUGGAUUGAAGCAAGCUUUCAGGCAGUGGUUUGCUAAGUUUUCCUCUACAAUCAUUUCUCUUGGUUUUAUGCAAUCCAAGACAGAUUAUUCCCUUUUUACAAACACUCAGGGCACUAGUUUCAUGGCUUUAUUAGUGUAUGUCGAUGACAUACUUAUUGCCAACAAUGAUGUGACUUUUGUUAAUACUUUCAAAACUUUCCUUGAUCAAAAGUUUAAACUUAAAGAUCUUGGACCUUUGAUGUAUUUUUUGGGCCUCGAAGUAACAAGGAAUACAUCUGGAAUCUCUUUGUCCCAUAGAAAAUAUGCUUUAGAGAUAUUAUCAAAUAUUGGUUUCCUUGGUUCUAAACCAGUUAAAACACAUAUGGAACAACAUCUAAAGCUGUCCAGAUAUGAUGGUGUUCUUCUUGAAGAUCCCAAACCUUAUAGAAGAUUGGUUGGCAGGUUACUCGACCUCACCAUUACCAGACCAGAUCUUACUUUUGCAGUUCACACAUUAAGUCAGUUUAUGGAUUCUCCUCAAUUACCUCAUCUACAUGCUGCUCAUAGAGUCCUUCAAUACAUCAAAGACUCACCUGAUCAAGGCCUUUUUUUUCCUUCCAAUUCAAACUUAAAACUCACUGGUUUUGCUGAUUCUGAUUGGGCAGGGUGUCAAGACACCAGAAGAUCUAUAACAAGCUUUUGCAUAUUCCUUGGCAGCUCUCUUAUCUCUUGGAAAUCAAAGAAACAAUAUGUGGUUUCAAGAUCAUCAGCUGAGGCUGAAUAUAGAGUUUUAGCUAAUACAGUUUCUGAAUUAGUUUGGCUUAUCUCUUUGUUACAAGAUUUACAAGUUAAUCACUCAAGUGCAGCAACUUUGUAUUGUGACAACAAGUCUGCCAUCCAAAUUGCAACUAACUCUGUCUUCCAUGAACGUACAAAAAUAUAUAUAGAGAUCGAUUGCCAUUUUGUUCGUGACAAGAUUCAAGACAGUUCUAUCAAACUUUUUUAUGUUAACUCUCACAUUCGGCUUGUUGAUUGCUUCACUAAACCACUUGGUUUUCCAUUGUUUUCUACCUUGCUCUCCAAGCUGGGCAUUAUUGACAUUCAUGCUCCAGCGCUGGUUGUCAAAUUAGUUUAG